UCUUGCACAGGUGUACCGGCUCCUCCCCUUCAGUCUUGCACAGGUGUACCGGCUCCUCCCCUUCAGUCUUGCACAGGUGUACCGGCUCCUCCCCUUCAGUCUUGCACAGAUGUACCGGCUCCUCCCCUUCAGUCUUGCACAGGUGUACCGGCUCCUCCCCUUCAGUCUUGCACAGGUGUACCGGCUCCUCUCCUUCAGUCUUGCACAGGUGUACCGGCUCCUCCCCUUCACUCCUGCACCGGCUCCUCCCCUUCACUCCUGCACAGGUGUACUGACUCCUCCCCUUUAGUUUUGCACAGGUGUCCUGUCUCCUCGCCUUCAAUCUCUCCUCCCCCAGUGAUCAGACUGUACGUUGUAACUUUGUAGAAGGAGGAGAAGGUAUUUCCUCAGUCUCCCCUCCCCCAGUGAUCAGACUGUACAUUGUAACGUUGUAGAAGAAGGAGGAGGCAAUUCCUCAGUCUCCCCUCCCCCAGAGGAGGAGGAGGCAUUUCCUCAGUCU